AUCUUCAUUUUCAUUUUUUAUUUCUUCAACAUAUAAAAAAGAAAAUGAAUUUUUUCCUUUCUUAAUCAGAUUUUGAAAUCGAAAGAGAUACAUAAAAGAAAUGCAAAAUUUCAACAUUUUAUGGGGAAUCAUCAUAUUCAUAAUACCGUGGUUUUUGUCACGUGUGGCUUGCUUCAAUGGUGGGAUACACGAAGCCGGUCUGAUUUGUGAUUCUUAUCAGUACCCUGCCGAUGAUGAUGAUGAUGGUGAUGAUAGUGACAACAAGUUAAUGCAAAACUGGAUGGUUGUAAUGGAUGCCAUUUCAUUUCAGGUGAAAGAACACGGGUGGGGAGCGCAAACAUUAGUUGGUAAUUGGCAUCCAAUGUAUGCAUUAGGCCAAUGUCGUCGUGAUCUCAAUCCCACACAAUGUUAUACAUGUUUUACCCAAGCUAGACAGUUGUUAUCAAGGUGUGUGCCAAAUAUUUCAGGUAGAAUUUACCUUAACGGUUGCUUCCUUCGUUAUGACAACUAUGCUUUCUUCGAAGAGACCGUGGACAACACACAUGACACAAACAUGUGUGGGCCUACGGAAAGGGGAGAGACGGUGGAUCCCUCACAUGUUACGUCAGUAAUUUUGAAUGUGAGUAAAGGUGAACAUAGGUUUGCGGUGGAUGAGGAAGGUGGGGUGUUUGCGUUUGCGCAAUGUUGGGAGACAGUGGAUAAAUGGGGUUGUCAAAGAUGUUUGAGAGAAGCGGCGAAAAGAGUGCAGGAAUGUGUUCCUAAUACUGAGGGUAAAAGCUUGUUUACUGGUUGUUUUAUGAGGUAUUCAACGCGUAAAUUCUACAACGACGUUGUUGUGCUAAAUGAUAGAUGGACUCCUUCUCCUCGAGAAAAGCAUAAGUGGAUAAUCCUUGGAUGUGUAAUAUCAGCAAUUCUAGUCAUCUUACUUAUCAUCCCUAGUUACUCGAAUCGAUCUUUAGGGAACAAGAAUUUUGGUGCAUCCCCUAGUUUUGCGAAUGUAGCUGGUUUUAGUUUUAGGUAUGAUGUGCUUGAGAAGGGAACGGAUCAUUUUGAUCCGACAAACAAAUUAGGCAUGCAGGGAGACGGAAAUCAUGGUUCUGUGUACAAAGCAAUACUCCCAUCAGGAAGAACCGUUGCUGUUAAACGUUUGUUUUUCGAUACACGACAAUGGACAGAUGUGUUAUUCAAUGAGAUCAAUUUGAUUCAUGGAAUUCAACAUAAGAAUGUGGUGAAACUUUUGGGGUGUAGCAAUGAUGGCCCCGAAAGCCUCUUGGUUUAUGAAUUUCUUCCCAAUAAAAGUCUUGAUCAAAUCCUUUUCGGUAAAGACGCAGAAAAUGUUCUAGCUUGGGAGAAGCGGUUUCAAAUCAUAUGUGGGAUAGCUGAGGGAUUAGCAUAUCUUCAUGAAGGAUCUGGAUCAAAGAUUGUUCACAGAGACAUAAAGUCCAGCAAUAUUUUACUUGAUGAAGCUCUAAAUCCCAAAAUUGUUGAUUUUGGUCUAGCUCUUUGUGUUGCUGAAAAGAAAUCUCAUAUUAACACCACUAAAAUUGCAAAGACAUUGGGACAAACGGCUCCCGAGUGUAUCGACCGAGGACAACUUACAGAGAAGGUCGAUAUAUAUGCUUUUGGUAUGAUGGUUAUUGAAAUUAUCUGUGGUAAAAAGAAUGGUGUUUUCACACAAGGGUCAGAUUCACUACUCCACUAUGUGUGGAAGAAUUACAUGGGAAACAAUAUUACAAUAUCAGUUGAUCAUGCUUUGCAUGGAAAUUUUGUGGAAGAACAGGCAUCAAAUGCUCUUCAAGCUUCUCUUCUUUGUACACAAUCUUCUCCUACUCUUAGACCAUCCAUGUCAGAAGUAGUUCAAAUGCUAACAAAAAAAGACUACAUUAUUCCCAUCCCAAAAGAACAACCAUUCCUUAAUUAUACGAAACACCGAACCUUAGCGUCGACUAUGAGCAUUAUGUCGAAUGGUCUUACAAGUGCAAGAUCAUCUUUUCAUAGCACCACUAGUUCUUUACAUCCAGGUGAAGAUGCAAUACUGCUAGAGAAUCUACCUCAACCAAGGUAG